AUGGCCAGAGGAAACCAGAGGGAUCUUGCAAGAGCAAAGAACAUGAAAAAGCAGCAAGAUGCUGCUAGGAGUCAAAAGAAGGAUGGGGAUCCAAAAAAGAGAAUGGAGAGUGAUGCGGACAAAAUGAGAAGAAAGCAAGCUGAAGGUACGUAA